AAUUAAGAGUUGGGAGUUGGAUCAACACAUUCUCCUGCUUCUGGUAGUAAACUGAAGCAAGGGUACAGGGCUAUUUUUCUUAGAUGGAAUGGGACUGGGGAGUUGAGGAAAGGCAAUGUGCCAAUGAGAGGCUUUGGAAGCUUGUCUGAGUGAUUAUUGGGAAAUCAGGGGUGUUCAUUGCUAAAUAAUUGUCCUCCAGGAGAUAGAAGAUGAUACUAAAGGGAGUAAUCUGCAGAGUACUGGAUUAAGGCCCUUAAAGAAGGCACAAGUUCAGGAGAUGGAACUUUUGGAAGGCAAAACAAAAUGCAGGCAAAUUAGUUGCUUUCCAUUUGUCUCUGGUUAUAGUCUACCUUAAGCAAAACAGAAACUACUUCACUGGCCUGCAUCCAAAGAAGAGGACAGGAGGAAACCAAAGGUCCUGAAAGCUCUCAGAUAUCAACUUUUCUGUUUAGUCAAGAGGGCUGCCAAUUGUGGCUCAGGAGGGGCCAUGAAUGAAGAGCCCAUCCUUCUUCCUUUCUGCUAACGUCAGGACUUCAGGUCGGCGGAACCACUCGAUAUAUUAUUUCAUCGGCUCUUCACAGCAACCCUUUGAGAGUGCCCGAAAACCUCCUUCAGUAGGCCGCAAUGCCACGAUGCCUGUCUCAGUCUCCUUACAUGAAGAUGCGACCCAAAAGCGUCCAGUGAGCUUGGCCUCUACCACUUCUUCUUCAGGCUCGUCCCGGGACAGUCAGGCCAUGGAAGAGCCCAGCGGAAGCAGACCUGGAGCUGAGGGAGAGUCCGACUCCUCCCGUGCCUGCCAUAUCUCUAAUAACCAUAACAAUUCCAGCAGCUGGCUGAAUCUGAGAGGAUCCCUAAAAGGCUCGCCAUUUAACUCCCGAUCCACAGCUGGGUCUGGGUCUGGACAUCUCAAACUGAGUUACCUGGGCCGAGUGGUGCGGGAGAUUGUAGAGACAGAGCGCAUGUAUGUACAGGACCUCCGAAGCAUUGUUGAGGAUUACCUUUUGAAGAUCAUCGAUACUCCAGGGCUACUGAAACCAGAACAAGUCAGUGCACUCUUUGGGAAUAUAGAAAGCAUCUAUGCACUAAAUAGUCAGCUAUUGAAAGACCUGGACAGCUGUAAUAAUGACCCAGUGGCUGUGGCUAAUUGCUUUGUAGAAAGGAGCCAAGAGUUUGACAUUUAUACCCAGUACUGCAACAAUUAUCCAAAUUCAGUGGCAGCCCUAACUGAAUGCAUGAGAGACAAGCACCAAGCCAAGUUCUUCCGAGAUCGACAAGAGGUCUUGCAGCACUCUCUGCCUCUGGGCUCUUUUCUGCUGAAGCCCGUCCAAAGAAUUCUCAAGUACCACCUCCUUCUUCAGGAAAUUGCCAAGCAUUUCGAUGAGGAGCAGGAUGGCUUUGAGAUGGUUGAGGAUGCAAUCUAUACCAUGACUUGUGUGGCCUGGUACAUCAAUGACAUGAAAAGGAAGCAUGAGCAUGCUGUCCGACUCCAGGAAAUCCAGUCACUCCUGAUCAAUUGGAAGGGGCCAGACCUGACGACCUAUGGAGAGCUGGUUUUGGAAGGCACUUUCCGUGUGCAUCGUGUGCGGAAUGAGAGGACUUUCUUCCUCUUUGACAAGGCAUUGUUCAUUACCAAGAAGCGAGGGGACCACUUUGUCUACAAAGGGCACAUCCCGUGUUCCUCCCUGAUGCUGAUUGAGAGUACCAGAGAUUCUCUGUGUUUCACAGUUACUCACUACAAGCACAGCAAGCAGCAGUAUAGCAUCCAGGCCAAAUCAGUAGAAGAGAAACGGGUCUGGACCCAUCACAUCAAGAGGUUGAUCCUAGAGAAUCACCAUGCCACAAUUCCCCAAAAGGCUAAAGAAGCCAUCUUGGAAAUGGACUCCUAUUAUCCCAAUCGAUACUGCUACAGCCCAGAAAGGCUGAAAAAGGCUUGGUCUUCCCAAGAUGACAUGCCCUCUCAAGCGCGUCAGUAUCGACGACAAUCUGAACCCACCAAACCGCUUCUCAGGCAGAUGAAUGAGAAAGCAGCAUCAAGGGCCUCGGGUCUCAAGGUAAGACCAGUGAGUGGUCUUGAGAUGGGAUACAGGAUGGAACAGGGGACUGGUUUUCAGCAUGCAGGUAGCGCUGGAGCCCUCCUGGACUUUGGGCAGCUACCCCUUACAGGGGAGCAGCAGUCUGAAGCUGAAGGGGCUGCUCAGGAGGAAGAGGAGGAGGAAGUGGUGGAGGAGGAGAAGGCCCUUCAGAAGGCCUCUCCAGAGGACCUGACUGUGAGCGAUGGCAGCAAGAAGGGGGCCAGGGCUGAGCCACAAGGCUCAGAGGAAGAGGAGGAGGAGGAGGAGGAGGAAGAGGAGCAGGAGGAGGAGGAGAGUCUGGAGGUAGCUGAGCAGGUAGCCGACUUUGCCAGCUCCCUGCUGGCUGCCCUCCAUUGCUGGCACUAUCGAGCCAACGCUUUACUUUUCUCCCGGGGCGCUAUGGUUAAAGGGCAUGAUGAGUAUGAGGUAGCCAAAGGCUAUAAGAGGCCCAGCGGUCAGUCUUUAACUAGCCCUGAGAAGCGCAUGAGCUUCAAGUCUGUCUCUCCCCAGACAGAGGCUGAACCAGAAACUGAACCCGAAGCCAGGCAAGGACUAUUUCCAGCCAUCAAAGGGAAUAGCAGAGAAGUGAUGCAGUCAGACCCAGAAUCAUCAUGCCUUCUGGAACAGCACCACGAAGAGGUGCUACGAUCUGACCAUCCCGGCAAAAUGGUUGACCACGCCGGUGCUGAGAGCACAGAGGACCUUAAAAACCUCAGUAGUGAGGAAGAGGAGGAAGUGGCAGUGUCAGAGUCAGAGAGCAUCCUGCCAACAUCUGUGCUGGACCAGGCUAGCAUCAUUGCUGAAAGGUUCGUCAGCACCUUCUCCCGCCGGAACAGCCUGGCUCUGGAGGAUGGCAAGGCCAGUGGCUUUAUAACUCCCCGGCUGGCCAGUCGGAGCAGCAGCGUCCGUAGCCUUGAUGGCAUCGAGAAGGGGCCAGCUGGCCAUUGCAGCAAUGCAGACUCCCUCAGCUCCUUUCUGCCCCUAGAAGCAGAACCUGAUGUUGGGGUAGCUUCAGAGAGCAGCUCGACCCUCCCUCGAGCCAUGUCUCUAAGCCCCAGCUCUUCAGGAGAACCUGAAAGGCUCUUUAGCAAGAAGGAGGACACGCUUUCUACCCGAGACCGACUGCUGCUUGACAAGAUCAAGAGCUACUACAAGCAUGCGGAGCACCACGACGCAGGCUUUAGCAUCCGGCGCAGGGAGAGUCUUUCCUACAUUCCUAAGGGCUUGGUAAGGAACUCUGUUUUCAGGUUCAACAGCCUUCCUAGGCCAGAACCUCAACCAGUGGCCCCUCGUGGGCGAAAAAGACUAGAUGGCUCUCGACCUGCCUCUUGGACUCUCUUUGACCUCCCCGGACCAGGCCAGCCAGCUUCUAGGGAUCCUGCCCCCAUCACCGAUGCUGAAUUCCGCCCCUCAUCAGAAGUAGUGAAGAUGUGGGAAGGAAUGGAGUCCUCUGGGGAUGUCUACAAGAACUCACCGACGAGGAACAAGAUGGAAUUGGGCCUGAGCCAGGAGAAUGGCUUCGACCUGCAUGAGCCGCUCUUCAUCCUGGAGGAGCACGAGCUGGGCGCUAUCAGUGAGGAACCGACUGGAGCCUCCCUGGAGGGCAUUCCCCUUACUGACCGGGCUGGCUCUGUCCAGCUGGCCAGGGAGCUAAAAGAGCUGGUAAAGGAGUUGAGUGGCAGAGAUGAAGAGAUACCAAGUCCGCUACACCCUCACAUCAUGCAGCUCUCCCAUAUGAUGGACAGGGAUUUAACUGAAUGUGUCAAGAACAAAGUCUACCAGCUGGCCCGCCAGUACAGCCUCAGGAUCAAGAGCCAUAAACCAAUGGUGCCUCAGCGAAAGAAGGCAGACCCGGGACAAGAGAAGAAUCUGGCCUUGUCCCAUCUGCAGGAGGAGGUUCGAGAGCUGCCUUUCAGAGGGAAAAUGAAGCCGUUACUGUCCCUCUCAAAUAAUGACCAAGUCGUGGUCUUGGAGCACAGCCCCUCCAAGUCCACCUCCACAGGGGAGAAGUCACCUCGACGGUUCUACAGCCCUCCUGGCUUAAAGGCCACCACUUCUCCUGGAGGCUGGGCCUCUACCCGCAGUCCCCUGAGCCCUGCCGACACGGAAACUUUCCACUGGCCAGACGUCCGUGAGCUCUGCUCAAAGUACGCUUCCUACGACGAGGCUACUCAGGCCAGACGAGGCCAGCGUCAAGCCUACCCCGUCAACCGGAGCCUCUCUGUGCCUGAGAACAUCAUGGAGCCAGCUCCAGUGGGGAGGAUGAGUCGCUGUUGCAGUCUGAACACCAGCCCAGGCAGAGGAGCCCCGGAGGUAGCCCAACUUCGGCCUCAGAAGGAUCCCUUUUCCCUUGGCUCUUCCCCCACCCUAGGGCAGGAAGUGGAUGAAGCCUUGUACCUCACUGCAGACCUAACCCUGGAGAACAACCGUCGGGUCAUCAUCUUGGAGAAGGGGCCGCCGUUGUUGGGAGGUGAGGAAGACGAAGACAGCUGUGUGCGAAUCCAAUUGCCUGCUUCCCAGGAGAUCUUGAAGGCUGCUGUAGAACGAUGCAAGGCUUACCAAGACUCCAAGGAGUUUUUCUGGCAAGAAGAGGGGGCCCGGGGCCCUCAACAACUAGGGCAAGGGGAUCCGGCAGAUCUGAGCCAACAAGGCCGAGUGAGAAACCUGAGGGAAAAAUUUCAGACCUUGAAUGCGAAUGGUUGAAUGAAGGCUUCUUGGGGAAAAGGAUGGGAAGCACUGCUGAGAUGAGGGGACUGCAUCUGACGGACCUUCUCCGACUUCCCUUACCACGUCCUGACUCCUCGACUUCCCGAAUCUGCCGGCCUUCCUUCUGGUGUCGGACUGUGUGGAGUAACAACCUUUGGGUGUUCUGCGCUUGUAUCUCUCUUCAUCCUUCUACGUGGGCGCUUGUGCUGAUGGUAUCUCUGACCUGCUGCCUUUGUGCUGAGGAUUGAAAAGCUCCCCAGGGGCUGAGACCAGACUCCAGGAUGUUGUAGUCAGAAACCUGUGUGGCUAUUUCCCAUAUAUGUAUAUAUAUAUAUAUUCCCCCCCUUUUGGUAUAAGACCAGAUAUAUAAGCUCACUUCUCUCAAGGGAGAGGUACCCAUGAGCCCUGGUCUACAUCUUGUCAGCCACUGCCAGGCUGAAGAGUAUGCCCAGAAGAAAAAAUGUGAGGAGUCCUUUGCUGAAUGCUCCAAUUAUUCCAGGGAUUCAGGCAGAAAAGAGAAGUCUGGGACUUGAACAAUAAUUUAUUAUUUUCCAUCCUGUGGGGUGUGUAUGUUUGUAUGUUUGUAUGUAUGAUUUUUUUUUGUUGUUUAUUUCGUUCUUCCCUUUUCCUGUUUUUAAGAAUGUAAUUGACUCAGUCCAGGUACUUUUGAGGUUUGCUUUGUUGACCCAAUGGAUGUUUCUAAUGUAUACACAUUUCAUCCCUUGCCAAUGGUGCAAUAACCACUGCUGACCAGCCAA